UUUUCGGUGGUCGUGGAAUCAUGAGGCUCUUCCCAAACCUUCUCCUCCCUUCCUUCUCAUCUCGCCUCUCAAACGUCUGCCGAUCGCGUCUUUGGGAUCAACUAUCAAUGCGGACCUUUGGUGGCUUGCUUUCGUCUGCGGAUUCGCUGUGCCGCCCCCCUCUCUCCCAAGCUCAUCAUGCAUCCGGCAAGCUCUUCGGGUUUUCCAAUCUUGGAACCACCCAGAGCCGCAUCAGCAUUCUUACGAUGAGGCUCAGGGACGCAAAUAAUAAAAGACCACCCACAGCCCAGCGGCUGGUCGAGACCUGGUCUGGAGCCCCAUCCACCAAAGUAUCGGUGAAGUCACAAAUGAGCCUCAUGAAUCUGCCACUGCCCUUGUCGUUUGCUGCUCCAUCUGGCUGUGGUCGCUGUUGUCCCUUUUCCAUCAUUAGGUUUACCAUCAGGUGUCCCAUCUAAUUUGAUCGCUUCUUACCCCUGCCCUUCCGAUGGUUGGGAGACCCAUCCGGCUCGUCCACGGUCAUGUUAGAGAUGACCACCACGAAUCUGGACACUGUCCCAUAUGAUGUCUUCUAUCAAAUCGCCUCCACGCUGGAUUGCCAAGACUUGAUCCAUCUGAGCCGUGUCAAUGGUGCCCUGCACGACUUGCUGCGGAAUGAGUCGAUUGCCCGCAAGAUUAUUGAAAAGAACUUGCGUUACACCAAGGAAGGGCAACGGGCUGUUCGCUCCAGCAAGGGCUAUCGCAAUGCCGUCGGUCGUCUCUUUGAUGUAAAAGAAUCCUUCGCC